CGUUGUGGCUUUCCGUCCUACGUCACUGUAUGUUGACGUGUGGUUCUGAUCUGCUGCUGUUUCUAUCCAGCUAGCAGAACAGUGGUUUCCUGGUCGUUGCAGGUGAACAAAGUACUGACAGCAGGCUGUAACUACAGACACAUCAAGUGUUAAGGAUGGCGGAUGACUGGGAGGAGAUCAGGAGGCUCGCUGCGGACUUCCAGAGAGCGCAGUUUGCUGACACGGUGCAAAGGCUUUCAGAGAGGAACUGCAUCGAGAUUAUUUCAAAGUUGGUGCAGGAGAAGAAGCUGGAUGUGGUGCACACUCUGGACGGGAAAGAGUACAUCACCCCGGCUCAGAUCAGCAGGGAGAUCCGGGAUGAGCUCUACGUCCAUGGAGGACGGAUCAACAUCGUGGACCUGCAGCAGAUUAUCAACGUGGAUUGGGUCCACGUGGAAAGUAGAGCGAACGACAUCGCUAAAUCUGAUAAAGGAUCCCAACUUGUGCUGGGACAACUUAUUGAUGACACGUACCUGGACCGUUUGGCUGAGGAGGUGAACGACAAACUGCAGGAGGCCGGGUUGAUCAGCAUCGCUGAACUCUGUAAAAACUAUGACCUCCCUGGAGAUUUCUUAUCAGAGGAGCUGUCGAAGCGCCUCGGGAAGCUCAUCCAGGGAGAGAUGGACCAGUACAACAGAGGAGUCAUAUUCACUCCGGCUUUUGUCGCUCGUCACAAAGCCCGGAUACGAGGGCUUUUCAGCGCCAUCACACGACCAACACCUGUCAGCAGCAUGAUCGGAGCAUUUGGAUUUCAGGAACAUCUUCUGUACUCCGUCCUGGAGGAGCUGGUGAACACAGGACGUCUCAAAGGAAGCGUUGUAGGAGGUCGACAGGAUAAAGCCGUUUACAUCCCUGAUAUUUACGCCAAAACUCAAAACACCUGGGUCGACUCCUUCCUCCAGCAGAAUGGAUAUUUAGAGUUUGAUUCGUUGGUCAGACUGGGGAUCCCUGACCCCCCCACCUACAUCAAGAAACGCUUCAAGGCCAACAAGCUGCUGUUCCUCAGAGCCGCCUGUGUGGGUAAGACUCUGGUGGACCAGGUGGAGGCGUCUGUGGAGGAAGCUGUCAGCUCCUCCACAUGGACUGAUAUACAGCCGAUCCUGCCCAGCUGCCUGACAGAGGAGGAUGUGGGGAUUUUGAUAAACCAGGCCAUGAGAAACGCCAACGUGCAGUCCUCGGCCCGAGUGCUGGGAGGGUCUGUGGUGGUCAGUGAGAAGUUCAUCAGUAACUGCCUGUCCCUGUUUGAUGAGGCCAUGCAGCAGAAGGCUCAGAAGGAGGUGAAGAACAAUCCAGUGUUUCUGAUUUCUGAAGACGAUGUAAAGCAAGUGUCCAUACUGACAGAGAGCUCAGCACUGUCCAAAAAAGAGAAGAGAGAAGCAGAGCGCAGGAAGAAAGCUUCAGAGGGCAGCGGCAGCGUGAAAGGAGGCGGGGGAGGAAACGCCAGAGAGUUCCGAAUCCGAAAGACCAAGAAGAAAGGGAGGAAAGAUGAGGACAGCGACGAGGAAACCGGACCUUCACAGCAAAAUCGCAGCAAACAGACUGCGGCCCCCUUUAUGGCCCUGGAGGAGAUCGAAGCAGUUUUAGAGGAGAGAGUGAGCGACUGCCCCGAAGAAAUCCUCUCUGAGUUGGCAGAGCAUUUAGUCAGGCCUCUGAACAAAACCUACCAGGAAGUGCUGCGGGCCGUGUUCAUGUCCUCCACCAGCUCUCCGUCAGGAGCCAACAAGAAGAAGAGCAUGAAGGACCUUCAGGAGGAGAUCACCAACCUGUACAACAACAUCCGACUCUUUGAAAAGGGAACCAAGUUCUUCUCUGACGAGACUCAGGUCCACAUUUCCAAACACAUCCUGAAGACCCUGUGCACGGACGUCACCAACAUCCUGGUGAACUUCCUGGCUGCCGACCUGAUGAUGUCUGUGGAGAAUCCCAGCAGCAUCAGCACCGAGGUCAGAGUGAAGAUUUUGGGCAAACUGUCAGAGGACACCAAAGGACCCCUUAUGAAGCUGCACAACAGUCUGAACGGCAAAACCAUCGAGGACUUUCUGACCAACAUCGAGAGCUGUGCGGAGGUGUGUGGGUUCAUGCUGAAGAAGGGAGACAAGAAGAGGGAGAGGCAGGCCCUGUUCAUGCACCGUCAGGCUCUCACUGAGCAGCUGAAGGAGACGGAGGAUCCCGCUCUGGUCCUCCACCUCACCAGCGUGCUGCUCUUUCAGGCCAGCACCAACUGCAUGUUGCACGCACCAGGACGCUGCGUGCCUCAGAUCAUCGGAACCCUCACGGGCCGAAUACCCACGGAGCAACAGCAGCUGCUGUCUACCUACCAGAGCCUGGUGGUGAAGCAGCUGGUGAGCCAGAGCCAGAGCAAGAAGCAGGAGGAGGCUGGAGAGGAGGCGAAUAAAGAAGAGGAGGAGCAGGACGAAGAGGGCAGGAGCGUCCGCACGCAGCUCAUGAACCUGAUGCCACAAAUCAAAGACCUGCUGCUGACCCAGAAGAAGACGUCCGUCACCGAGGAGUGAGCAGGACAGAGAUGAGAGGAGUGAAUGUCUGAACCGCUAAUGAUUAAUUUUCUAAUGUCUGAAAUGUUCAGAUGAGUAAUGGUGACUCUGACAGAUCAGCUGUUCAUACUGUAUCUUUGUGAAUGAUCCAUGUGGACGUAAUUCUAAAUUAUUGAAGUUAAAUUCCUGUGUGGGAUGUCUCCCUGUAAACCUUAUUAACAUGAACAUCCUCAAUGAGGCUCUGGGGUUCAUGCAUUCAUUAAAACCCUCCUCUUCUUCA